AUGAAACAUUGGUUAAUACCUCGUUGUGUCAUGCCUGAUUUUACAUGGUCUGAUGACGCCCGACCGGUCUUGAGCGACCAAAUACCAUCGACUCCUCGGCCAACACACCCACGACUGCGCCAAUUUUGGGGGUUUCUCCACCAUUAUCUGAGACGCUUUUCUCGAUCUUAUCGCAGCUGGCUUGGAAUAACUUACGACAAUCAGAUCGCCCAACUUCUAUUUGGAUUGUUUUUGAAAUGGUCCGAUGGUACUCGCAUCGAGGAAGUGUUAUCUAUGCAAGUUGCACGAAGCGCAGGUCUCCCAUUUCCAAGGGUGAUUUGCUAUGGCGACCAUCCUGAUACACCCCAUGCACCUGUCUCUAUUCUCAUGACUCGCAUACCCGGUGAGGAACUGGGUCGGGUCUACGAAACACUUAGCAGCGAGGAUAAGAGCUCGAUUCUAGAGGAGCUUAAAGACUAUCUAGAGACCAUACGAGGGUGGUCGAGUCUAUGGGGUGGGCAAAGAAUUUGUUCUCUUCAAGGCACCUCCGUCAGAAGUAUCCGCGUUCCAAAUCAUUUUGCCGGACCAUUUGAGUCAGAGGUGGACUUGAAUGAGUAUCUUAUACGACCCGCUUGGUCGGGUGGUUUUUCGUCGGACACGAAAUACAACGAUGCACUCAAUCGCACUAAAAGAAUGAGAAGCUUGCCUCAUCGUGUUGUUUUUACUCACGGAGAUCUAAAGCACCAUAAUAUUAUGGUACAAGGGAAUCAGCAGGCUGGUAUCCUGAAUAUUGGGACUUCACUACUGCAUUGCGUUUCACACCGGAGGACUUUUGGUGGUACAGUUUUGUGA